AUGCCCAGGAAGCGUGAGCUGGGUCCCCUUGACCAGCGCAGGCGGGUGGCUCGUUGCGAAGCAUGUGCCAUUAGAAAGAUUAAGUGCGCUGGGGGUACUCCUUGUGACGCGUGUAAUCGCCGGGGCAAAGCUUGCAAACGACGCAGCACGGAGCCCGCGCGGGCGGUCUUCGUCUUCUAUGAAGAGGCUGAUGAUGCUGCGCUGAUUCUAUCCAGAGUGUCCCGAGACAUGGAAACGAUCUUUAUUGAUCAAUUUUUCGCCUUUCUGUCAUGCAAUCAAUUCGCUCCUUGUCCCGAAUCUCUAGGCGCAACUCUUCUGCCUCUCGUCAGACAAUCGUCUGUUUUAAGCUUGGUGGCAGGUGCCAUUGGUGCUUUACAUGCUUCCCGCCAUUGCUCUUCGGCUAGCUACUCCAGGGCCGAAAGUCCUCAAUUCAAGGCCUUGCAACUAUAUUCCCGAACCAUCGAAUCUCUCAAAGAUGCCCUGAUGGACCAGAAAGUCUCUGGCCGCGACGAUGUCUUGUGGGCUACGUUUUUGUCUGGGAUUUUUGAGUUGAUGAUCGAUCACUCGGGGGACGGUUGGGCAAAUCACAUGCUACAUGGAACAUCUCGAUUGCUGCAGGCCGCACAUCCCGAAACCUCAGUUUCUUCACCCCGAAAGAUUUUCAAUCAAGUGUUUCGAAUGUUUGAGGCAAAUCGCGCUAUGGUUUAUGGCGGAGAAACCAUCUUAGACAGCGGGGGCUGGGCUAUCGUGGAUACGAAUGAGCUGCCACACGUCGCGAAGUGGGAUGCUUUGAAUACUAUCUCCUCAUUGAUGGUUCAGAUAUCCAAAUUCAAUGCUCGAUUCUAUGGGUACGUAACAGAGCUCAUUAGCCGUGACAACGGCGAUCCUGUCCUGGAAUCCUUUGGCGCCGAAGCGGCAGAGAUCCAGAAAAGGCUAUUUCAGUUACGUGAUACGUUGCUCCAAAUCGAGAUGGAGGAUACCAGACACGAGACAAUACCGACCAACCUAGCACUAGUCUACUGUUUCUAUAUGGUCAUAGCCCUUUUUAACACGUUUGAUUACUAUGCAUGUUGGCAGCUCGCACAAACUCCACGCCUGCAUCGACUCGAGCUAUCCGCUUGCGUCGAUCAAAUUGUCCGCCGAGCUUCAGUCAUACUCAACACAGCCGGGGGACCGGGCUUGCUAUUACUCAUUCCACUCGGAGUUGCGGGAACUCGCUCAUGGCAAGAUGGCCAGAAAACAAGUGUCCUGGCACUUCUGGAUCGCGUCAAUGUACAGGGCUUCGUGGUAGCCAACCGAAUCAAGCAUGAUCUACAUGCCUACUGGAGCCUGAAAAGAAGUUGA